GUGCGAUAAAAACAAGUUAUUACCGCAUAUUACUCUUACAACUACAUUGUCUGGCUUUAGAGGAGAAGAUUUAUACGAUGAAUGCUCGACGCGUUCAACAACCAUACUGCAGCAUUUUUUUCUUUGUUCUGUUGCAAAUCGUGCAUGGAGAUCUGACAUAUUCCAUCAACGAGGAGCUAAAACCUGGAUAUGUUAUCGGAAAUAUCGCCAAAGAUCUGGGAUUGGAGGUAGGGAGACUAGGUACACGCAAAGCUCGUGUUAAAAUGGAAGGAAGCGAAAAACAGUAUGUUGGAAUGAACAUUAGAAACGGAGAUUUAUUUGUUGCUGGACGAAUAGACCGAGAGGAGCAUUGCGGGGAAAAAACAACUUGCGCUUUGAAAUUUGACCUGCUUUUUGAAAACCCUCUGGAACUGCGCCGGAUGUUUCUUCAGGUUCAGGAUAUAAAUGAUAACGAACCGAUUUUUCCAAAAGAUAUAAUCAAGCUGGAAAUCAGGGAGUCAACUGGCAAAGGAGCUAAGUACCGCAUUAAUGCUGCACAUGAUGCCGACAUAGGCCUGAACGCAGUCCAAAACUACAUUCUGCAACAAAACUCAAAUUUUGUGCUAAAUAUUCAGACAAGGCCUGGGAGAAAAUAUGGAGAGCUGGUUUUGGAUAAAGAAUUAGACCGAGAGGAGCAGGGCGAAAUAAAACUGAUUCUAAAAGCUGUAGAUGGCGGAUCUCCGCAGAAAUCAGGAACUGUAGUCAUACAUGUUAUUGUGCUUGACGCUAAUGAUAAUGCUCCCGUGUUUACAGAGGCUGUAUACACAGCCAAGUUGCCCGAAAACUGUCCUUUAAAAACGCCAGUUAUUACGGUAAUUGCAGCAGACGCUGAUGAUGGAAUUAAUGGGGAGGUUACGUAUGAAUUUAGCCGACUAACUGAUAUUUCGCAGACUUUAUUUUCUCUUGAUUCUAAAACAGGGGAGAUAACUGUUACAGGAAACAUAGACUACGAGGAAAAAUCUAAAUAUGAGGUAUUUGUUGAAGGCAAAGAUGGCUACGGUCUUUCUUCAGAAGCUAAAGUUAUCAUUAGUAUUAUUGACGUUAAUGAUAACGCCCCAGUUAUAGACAUGACGUCGUUGUAUAACCCUAUACCAGAGAACGUUCUCCCUGGCACAGAAAUAGGUAUCAUUAAUGUGCAAGACAGAGACUCUGAGAAAAAUGGACAGGUCCGUUGCUCAAUACAGCAAAAUAUUCCUUUUAAAAUUUCCCCUUCAAUUAAAGAUUAUUAUUCUCUGGUGACAACUGGACAACUGGACCGCGAGUUAGUGUUUAAUUACAAUAUUACAAUCACUGCCACUGAUGAGGGCUCUCCACCUCUGUCCUCUUCCAAAACCGUUCAGUUAUCUGUAGCUGAUAUUAACGACAACCCACCUGUGUUCGAGGAACAGUCCUAUAGCGCAUAUGUGAAUGAAAAUGUAGCAUCUGGCUCCACUUUAUGCUCCGUUACUGCUCAUGACCCAGACUGGAGACAAAACGGUACAGUGAUUUAUUCUCUGUUACCCGGUGAAGUGAACGGUGCCUCUGUAUCAACAUAUCUAUCUGUGAAUGGCGAUACUGGGAUGAUCCGUGCUUUGAAAUCAUUUGAUUAUGAAAAAUUCAGAAGUUUUAAAUUCUACGUGAUGGCCAGAGACAAUGGUUCUCCUCCACUCAGCAGCAACGUCACCAUCAGCGUGUUCAUAUCAGAUGAAAAUGACAACUCUCCUCAGAUACUUUACCCUUCUCUAGAGAGCAGCUCUUUCAUGACAGAGCUGAUCCCCAAAAAAGCACACGGAGGAUCAUUGGUUUCUAAAGUCAUAGCAGUGGAUGCAGAUUCUGGACAGAAUGCCUGGCUGUCCUAUCAUAUAGUCAAAGCCACUGAUCCUGGACUUUUCAGCAUUGAUCUGCACAGUGGAGAAAUCAGAACACAGCGGGACAUUUUAGAAUCUGACAGCAUGAAACAGAACCUGAUUGUUGCAGUGAAAGAUAACGGACAGCCCUCUCUGUCUGCCACCUGUUCCAUGUAUUUACUUAUUUCUGACAACUUGGCGGAGGUGCCAGAACUGAAAGAUGUUUCUUAUGAUGAUAAGAACUCUAAACUGACAUCUUAUCUGAUCAUCGCAUUGGUUUCUGUUUCAACCUUCUUUCUGACCUUCAUUAUCAUUAUUCUGGGUGUGAAGUUCUGUCAUCGAAGAAAGCCCAGAUUGUUGUUUGAUGGAGCUGUUACCAUCCCUGGAGCCUAUUUCCCUCCCAAUUACGCAGAUGUUGAUGGCACGGGAACUUUACACAGCACUUACAAUUAUGACACAUACCUGACAACAGGAUCAAGAACCAGUGACUUUAAGUUUGUAUCAUCUUACAAUGACAACACGCUGCCUGCUGAUAACACGCUGGAGAAAAGACCAGCAGAGUUUCCUGAUGUCUUCGGGGAUCUUGACUCCGCACUAGAGGUUUGA